CUACCUGCCUGUAGGACUCUACCUCCUGCAGACCUACUACCUGCCUGUAGGACUCUUCCUCCUGCAGAUUAACACUACAGAGCUCAGCUCAGCCUUCUGCAGGUCUGACAGAGCAGAGGAAACUCAACGUUAUACAUACAGAACAAAAGAGGAUCAGAGUUAAAUACUGACAUUCAGAUGAAGAACGCAGAUCAGAAGCAGACAGUUGAACACCUGGAGGCUCUAAACUAACGUCUUUCUGGGAUCAUGUAGAUGCAACUAUCAGAGACAUUAUGGGACUUCAUAGGAGCUGCUGUUCUCGUGAACACUGAGGAGGCCGAACAGAGAAGAGAUGGAAAUUCUGCUUAUAGCCAGAAAAAAUAUCUAUAAAUAGAAACUGAGAGCUGGAAAAAUGGAUCAUUUACAUAAACAUGAUGCUGUUAGAAUACAGAGAAACUGAAGAAGAGAACGUAUUGUUGUAUUUGUUCAGUGUUGUUUGGUGUUAUAUUGUGCGUCUGCUCAUGCUGUUGUGUCCAGAGCUGAAAACACAAUGACAAUAAAAAGUAUUAAAAGAAAAAAAAAAUAUAACUGUUGACUAAUUAUGAAUAUUUUUUGCUCUAUAAAUGAUUAAAUCAGCUGCGUUUUAAUAGUUGCUGAUAGCUCUGUGAAUGUAUUACUGGGUCAUUACUGGUAAAAUGUGCCUCCCAGUGUCGUAAUCUAGACUGGUGAAGGGGAUCGGCCUUACUGUUCAAUGACUGUUCAUCUGGACUAUUGGAAUACUUAGAGUUCUUGUCUUUGGAUACUCCUGUGGAUUAUAAUUUUGUUGCUGCUUGGAGAGAGAAGUAAAGCAUCAGAAUAUUUUAUUUGACUGUGUGGAUUCCUGAGUAAUCUGAGAUGGAUGCACAGCAGGAAGUUACGACACAGAAACGCAUCCAAGCAAAGAGACAAACUAAAGAGAACCAAGUGGCUCAAACUAAAACUGUGAAAACUGCCAUUACACCAACUUUGCUGCAGCUACUGUAUGUGAAGUAUCGUAGCCCAAAAUGAAGCUCACUAUAUUUGAUGUCUUUGGAUUUUUCCAAAAUGAUGCUACUAAAAGCAUCUCAGCUCCAAGAGUCCAAAAAGAAAAAUCAUCAUAAACAAGAUCUCAAAAGGUUCCAGCUGCAGAACGCUGCUCAUGUCGUGUUGUUUAGUGUGAUAAACAGACAGAAAGUGAUGCAGCUCUGCAGGACAGAGUCUCCCCGCUGACCUGGAUUCAGAGUUAUCAGGAGUCUGGAUCUCGACCUGGAUCAACAGAGUCAACACGGACUAAUCAGCUGAGGCCAAAGACCACAGAGAGCUUUCUCUAUAAGAAGCGGCAGCCUCUCCGUCCUCCUCGUCUCAUCCUGUAACUCGUGAUGUCUCUGCGACUCUCCGUCCUGCUGCUGCUGACCCUGGCCUGCCUGGCCCGGCUCGGCUCGGCUCAGCCCCUCGACAGCCGGGCCGAGCUGAAGAAGGUCCAGACCGCUCUGGAGGAGCUGAAGGCGGAGAGACGAGGUAACGCUCGGCUCACACCCGCUCGACUUACGGGACAAAUUUCAUUUUUAUUUUUAACGUUAUUUCUCUCUUCUUGUUCACAGCGAUGGUGGAGCGUCUGGAGGCGGCUGAGAGCGAACUGAAGAGAGUCAGAGAAACUCCUAAAGUUGCGUUCGCCGCCUCGCUGGGAGGAAACGGCCUCCAGAAGACGACGUCUGGGAACAAAGAUCUGAUCUACAGGGACGUCCUGACCAACGUGGGCGGGGCUUACAACGCUGAGACAGGUGAGUUCACAGCACCUGUUCGUGGCGUCUACUACGUCCGUUUCACCGCCAACGCCCCCACCGAAUUCACCAUGAGUGCUGUGCUCUACAAAAACGACGCCCAGAUCCAGCUCAUCACUCACGAGCAGCCGUCCGGCGAGGGCAGCGACACGGCGUCCAACGGCGCCGCCCUGCUGCUGGAGAAGGGCGACAAGCUGAAGAUGGUUCUGUGGCACAACACUCAGAUCUGGGACAACAACAACCACCACAGCACCUUCAGCGGCUUCCUGCUGUUCCCCAUGUGAGGAGCAACAUCAUUAAAAUCACAUCAAUCUCAUAUUACAACUAAUACUUAAUAGAUAAUAACCUUUAUUAACACUAAGGUAAUAAAAAAAAACAGGACUGAACAUUUUCAUUAACAUGAAGAAGUCCGUAGACCCUUGAUUCAAAUACGGAAAAACUUUACUGGUAAAAAUGAAGAGAAGCAUUAGAUGAUGUGAAACUACAAAGUAAAGGUCUGUUUCUCAGGACAGAACCUUCACCAGCAUCAGCAGCAAGGAGGAGAUCAAUGCUCACCCUCAUAACUCAAUAAUAAUAAUAAUAAUAAUAAUACUCAUGUCUAAAUGCACGCUGCCUUAUUUGAGCAUUUCUGUCAUGAUUUUGAUGUCCAGACCAGAAACACUGUGACAUCUGACACAGUGAUAAAUUAGCUCAUAAAUUUAACUUCCAGAAACUCGCCACAAGAAAACGUAGUGAACGUUUGUUUCCAUCCGCUGCUGUUGUGUCGGUGACAUUAAAGCUGCUUUUACUCUUCAGACAACAGGAAACACUUUUCAUUUGAAUCUUGUUUCUACUCAAACUCAUUUACUGAGUCCUAUAGAUGUUUGUUUUUGUGUCUUUGAAGGAUCGAUGAAGCUCCGAAGGAGUUUGAUGUUGAAAUUGAGCUGAAGGUUCUUCAGGAGUCGCUGAAGAAGCUACAGACUGAGAACCUCAGUGAGUCUGUUUGCAUGACGCAGACACUGAACUGCACCUCGACUCAUCUUUAUAGCUUCUCAUUUAGUUUAUGGUUUAUAAUUUCUGCUCAGUUUUGUGAUGUAAAAUAUCUCAUGAAAAGUGGUUUAAGAGUAUUUAUCGUCUGAGACUUUAGAUUGUAUUUCCUGCUCUUAAAGGUCGUUUCCACGUUAUUAAUUAUAAUUUCUGAAGAUGUUUUGUGUAAAUAUCUUCUGAAAGCAGCGCUGAUGU